CACUGCAGCUCUGUCCUUUGCCCUCCGGCUCCUCUCUGGGUGUGGUCCUUGCCUGAAGCUGAGAGACCACCAAUGGAAGGAGGUGGAAAGCCGCCCUGCCCCUGGCCCACCAUGGCCUCCGCUGACAAGAAUGGCGAGAGCGUCUCCUCUGUGUCCAGCAGCCGCUUGCAGAGCCGGAAGCCGCCCAACCUGUCCAUCACCAUCCCGCCACCCGAGACCCUGGCCCCUGGCGAGCAGACCAGCAUGCUGCCCCAGAGGCCCAGGAACCCAGCCUAUGUGAAGAGCGUCAGCCUCCAGGAGCCACGGGGACGGUGGCAGGAGGGCAGCUCGGAGAAGCGCCUUGGCUUCCGCCGCCAGGCCUCCCUGUCCCAGAGCAUUCGCAAGGGCACGGCCCAGUGGUUUGGGGUCAGCGGCGACUGGGAGCUGAAGAGACAGCACUGGCAGCGCAGGACUUUGCAUCACUGCAGCGUGCGCUACGGCCGCCUCAAGGCCCCAUGCCAGCGCGACCUGGAGCUCCCCAGCCAGGAGGCGCCUUCCUUCCAGGGCACUGAGUCUCCGAAACCCUGCAAGAUGCCCAAGAUUGUGGAUCCCCUGGCCCGCGGACGGGCGUUCCGCCACCCGGAUGAGGUGGACAGGCCCCACGCCCCGCACCCACCCCUGACCCCAGGGGUCCUGUCCCUCACCUCCUUCACCAGCGUCCGCUCCGGCUAUUCCCACCUGCCCCGCCGCAAGAGGAUGUCUGUGGCCCACAUGAGCUUUCAGGCUGCCGCUGCCCUCCUCAAGGGGCGCUCAGUGCUGGAUGCCACGGGACAGCGGUGCCGUGUGGUCAAACGUAGCUUCGCCUACCCCAGCUUCCUGGACGAGGAUGUGGUGGACGGAGCAGACACAUUUGACUCCUCGUUUUUUAGUAAGGAAGAAAUGAGCUCCAUGCCCGACGACGUGUUUGAAUCUCCCCCACUCUCGGCCAGCUACUUCCGGGGGAUCCCGCGCUCAGCCUCCCCGGUCUCCCCCGACGGGACGCAGAUCCCUCUGAAGGAGCACGGCCGCGCCCCGGUCACGGCGGCCCGGCGCGGCAAGCGCAUCGCCGCCAAGGUGAAGCGCUUCGCGUUCGGCCGGCAGAGGCGGCACUACGGCCUGGGCGUGGUGGGCACCUGGCUGAACCGCAGUUACCGCCGCAGCAUCAGCAGCACCGUGCAGCGCCAGCUGGAGAGCUUCGACGGCCACCGGCCCUACUUCACCUACUGGCUGACCUUCGUCCACAUCAUCAUCACACUGCUGGUGAUUUGCACGUAUGGUAUCGCACCCGCGGGCUUUGCCCAGCACGUCACCACCCAGCUGGUGCUGAGGAACAAAGGUGUGUAUGAGAGUGUGAAGUACAUCCAGCAAGAGAACUUCUGGAUAGGCCCUAGCUCGAUUGAUUUGAUCCACCUAGGAGCCAAGUUCUCCCCCUGUAUCCGGAAGGACCAGCAGAUCGAGCAGCUGGUGCUUCGGGAGCGAGACCUAGAGCGGGACUCGGGCUGCUGUGUCCAAAACGACCACUCGGGCUGCAUCCAGACCCAGCGGAAGGACUGCUCGGAGACUUUGGCCACUUUUGUCAAGUGGCAGGAUGAUUCGGGGCCCCCCAUGGACAAGUCUGAUCUGGGCCAGAAGCGGACAUCAGGGGCAGUGUGCCACCAAGACCCCAGAACCUGUGAGGAGCCAGCCUCGAGUGGCGCCCACAUCUGGCCUGAUGACAUCACCAAGUGGCCAAUCUGCACCGAGCAGGCCAAGAGUAACCGAACUGGCUUCCUACACAUGGAUUGCCAGAUCAAGGGCCGCCCCUGCUGCAUUGGUACCAAGGGCAGCUGUGAGAUCACCACCCGGGAGUACUGUGAAUUCAUGCAUGGCUAUUUCCAUGAAGAGGCAACACUCUGCUCCCAGCGUGGUGCACUGCCUCGUGUCCGUGGUCUUCCAGAUGACCAUCCUUCGGGACCUGGAGAAGCUGGCCGGCUGGCACCGCAUCUCCAUCAUUUUCAUCCUCAGUGGCAUCACCGGCAACCUCGCCAGCGCCAUCUUCCUCCCGUACCGGGCGGAGGUGGGCCCGGCAGGUUCACAGUUUGGCCUCCUCGCCUGCCUCUUCGUGGAGCUCUUCCAGAGCUGGCAGCUGCUGGAGCGGCCCUGGAAGGCCUUCCUGAACCUGUCGGCCAUCGUGCUGUUCCUGUUCAUCUGCGGCCUCCUGCCCUGGAUCGACAACAUCGCCCACAUCUUCGGCUUCCUCAGCGGCCUGCUGCUGGCCUUCGCCUUCCUGCCCUACAUCACCUUCGGCACCAGCGACAAGUACCGCAAGCGGGCCCUCAUCCUGGUGUCGCUGCUGGUCUUCGCCGGCCUCUUCGCCUCUCUGGUCAUCUGGCUGUACGUCUACCCCAUCAACUGGCCCUGGAUCGAGUACCUCACCUGCUUCCCCUUCACCAGCCGCUUCUGCGAGAAGUACGAGCUGGACCAGGUGCUGCACUGACCCCCGCCAGGCAGGCCUGGACGGGCUGCCUGUCUGCAGAGCACCCCAGCCCGCGCUCCAGAGACCCGCCUCCGGGGGCCCCGGCCCUCCCCCCACCAGCCACACUGACCCCGCGGUGACAGUCACAAAGGCGAGGUCCUUGGGGGAGUGAGGCCCCCCUUCCUCAGUCUGGGGGGCCCUCCGAGCAUGUGCUUCUCCCCAGCGCCGGGACUCGGACCCUGCCUUCCUGCUGCUCCCCUGCCGGCAGGACCCCUGCCGAGGGGUGGGCUUCUCUCCUUCCCAAGGUCCCCAGCUUUGCCGAUCUCCCCACUCAGCCCCAGCUGGGGCCUGCCCCCCCCCACCCCAUUACUGUGGCCAUGCCCUUACUGGGACGUGGCCAGGGUUCCCACCAGGUUCCCACCCCUGCCUCACCGAGGCCUCCCCUCCCUGCCCUAUGAGCCCGUGCCCCUUAUCCAGCAGUGGCCUGGUGAGCAUGCCCUUAAUGCUCCUGGACCAGACGUGUGGGAAAGGCUUUGCCGUGGCCUGGGGCAGAGAAAGAGCAUGGAGACACAGCGAGGCCGGGAAGCUGAGAGCCUCCACUUGAUGGUCGCAAACAGAGGCUGUCCCCUCUCUGUCUGUCCUGGCCCUCCCUCUGAGUCAAUGUUCUGCCUUGUGGGGCUGGCUCUGAGAAGGCCGGCCCUACCCCACUCUGCCUCGCUCCUGCCCAAGUGGGGGUGGGGGCUGGGCCACCUCAAGGACCUGCUCCCAGGGGUUGCCCAAGGCUCAGCCAGGCCCAUUUUUUACUGGCUUAUAUUAUGGUUCUAAUUUUUAAAAGUAACGCUAACUUUAUAUGGAUGAUGUCU